UAUGUGUACACACUCUCAUAAUCCAUGACAAUCACCGAUGGUUCUUCACUUUUCGUCAUACGUUGUUGAAUGAAUCAAUUGUCUGAGUGUGGAAAAAUGGCUAAAUCUUCCAUUACUGAUCAAUUAUCGAAAAGGAAAAAUGUUCCAAUUCCUUUGAUAUUGAAUGCAAGUUAUCUGGCUGCUGAGAAGUAUGACAAGCACAACCAAGUAUUUUGUAAGGAGCUUCCCAGUAUAUUUUCUAGAAUUAAUGAUGACAAAAGAAUCAUGCAAUUCAAAAAGAAAAUUUUAUUUUCCACAAAAAAGAAAAUUGAAAAGGAUUUAGAAGAAUUAGAAGUUGCACAAAAACAUCUGAAUGAAUUAUAUGAGAAGGAACUGGAGUUCAAACUUGAAAAGGAAAAACAACUACUAGAGUUGAAAUCACAGCUUGAUUGUGCUCACAGUAAGAAAGAAGCUUUGAAGAACUUAAUUUUAAAGUACUCAGUGUCGAAAAGAGCAUUAGAUUCCACAGCAGAAUCAUCUGAACAAUUUAAAAAUGCAAGACACAUGAUAGAAUAUUUUUUAAUAUUGCAAGCAUUGAAUGAACAAUUCCUCUGUUCAGAAUUUGAAUACAUCAGUGAGGUACAAAAUGCUCAAAAUGCAGAUCUAUUGUUGAAAGAGCUUUUAAAGGCACAUCACUUUGAAACUGUGGCUCGAAGGAAGAGAUUGUUGUAUUUAUUGGCUGUCUUACAAAACUGCAAAAAUGCUAGUUCUAAAUCAAAUAUUCAUUUUAUGCAAAUAUUAUCUGUUUUUAUGAAAGGUCAUCAAAGCAUACUUGGUCUCAAACAGUGGAUAUCUGAUAUGUAUCAAAAACUUUCGCUUUACACUGAUGGAUCUCAGUCAAAUAAUAUUUUCAACCAACUGUCAGAGAUUGAAGAAUUUAUUAUUUCAGCAAAGAAAAUUGUACUGAAAGAAAGAGUGGUUGUGUGAGAUCAUUUGCCUUCUCAUUGCGGCAGCAUCUGCUUCCGUUUAUGAACUGCCCGUGACAAAAGCUAUUGUUCUAAAUAGUGACCUGUUGCACUAUGACGUGUUGCCGUCCAAGAGCUACGUCGUGUAUCCAUCAAAGCACUACGUUGCCUCCAAGCAUUACCUUCCAACCAAACAUCUGGUGACGUUGCAAAGUCUAGUUCAUCCUGCACUUUCCAGUUAUCACUAUCCUGCUAAGAAGUACACUGUGCACUAUCCUAGUGGUUUGUACCAUGGACCUCAUGGUGUUGGUGUUUAUGAUCCAAAAUUUCACGACGCACUAGAACAAGCAUACUACAGAGGAUAAGUUGGUUGACUUAAAGUUCUGAAGAUAAACAUCAACAUCAUUAUUAAAGUACAUACGAUGAAUGCAUUAUUUUUGUAAAUAAAAUUCACUAAUAAAAUAUUCUUUUUCGUUCC